AUGAGUAGUUUCGAUACAAAAUUAAAUUUUUUGUAACAAGAAAUCAAAAUACUGACUGAAGAAAAUAAGGAGUUAAGAUAACUAAUUCAAAUGAAUAAAGAGAUCCUAAAAAUAUACAGAGGAUAAACCAGUACUAAUACUUUGCCAAAUGGACCUUUGAUUACUUUAGAAGUUUGUAAGACUGAGUCUUAUGAAGGCACUGACACUCAAAAUAUGCUCUCUCACUUAAUAGAAGAAAAUUGUAAAUUGUUUUCUUUUAAUGAAGACUUAAUAAAAUAAAGAGAUGAUUUGAGAGCAUAGAAUUUGCUUCUGUAAUAAAUAGGGAUGGAAAAUUCUUAAAGAAUCUUGGAUAUUCAAAGUGAGAAAUAAAUAAAGCUGAUCGACCUAUAGAAUUAACUUCUUGUGAAGGAUAAUCAAAUAGUUGAAUUAAAUGAAUAGUUAUAAGGUUUGCUAUAGAAAAAAAGAAUGAGAACUAAAAUACCUAUAUCAAUACAGAAUGAAUACUUGUCCUUUUAGAACUAAUUGGAAGCAAUGUACAAAAUGCUCAUCAAAUACUAUGAAGAAAAUAGGAUACAAAAGUAAGAGAAUAAGAAAUUGUAAAUGAUCAUAGAUAUAGUAAAAAAUGAUAAAACUGAAGAUAACAAUAAAUAGCUAAAUGAAUAGAGUCCAUAAUUGAAUGAAUCGAGUUUUGUUGACUUUUUACCUCCUUAGAUUUCUACGACACAGAAUCAUUAAAUUCCAAUUCCAAAAUUAAAUUUAGGUAAAGCCCAAAAAAUAUAGUAAUUGACAGUUGAAAAAUAAUUGGAGUAAGAAGAAUAAUAAAUUCAAUUGGAUAAAGUAUUAUAAAUGGACCAGAAAUUAUUUAUCACAAGCAAAUCAUCAACUCCUUAAAAUAAAAAUGGAUAUUACAUUAAUCCUAAUAAAUUAUUAAUUCAACUAACAUCUUUUGCUGAUUAAAAUAAAACUCUCUAAAAAGAAUUAAAUUAAUGCAAGACAAAAUUGUAGGAUGAAUUGCUUCUAAACAAAGCUUUAGAAAUUUAGUUGGAGGAUAUGAAUAGAUAUGUUAGUGAAUUGGAAAGCACAAAUGAACUGUUGAUUAAAUCAUAAAUUGCUUUAGAAAACAAUUUUUAAAAAUUAAAAUAAUUUAUUAUUUAGGGCAAGAAAGAGUAAUAACUUAUCAAGCAUAAAUAUAAUGUUUCUUUACAAAAUUUCAGCUAAAUAAUUUAGUAAACAAAGAAAAGAUGUAAUUCUGAGUACUGA